UCACAAACCUUCGACGUGCUUGAUUUCUCCGGCACCGAAACCCGUAAAAGUUCUCCUGUGCUUGGGCCGAGAGAUGCCCGCAGGACCAACAGCUCCCUGGAUGUCCACCAGGGGAGCUCCGGUGGAGGGGCGACGCUCGCGCGUGGGCAGAGGCUGCUUGGUGGCCAUUGGGAGAAUGGCUGCCGAUCAGAGACGGGACUCGAAUUAGCAAAUCUAGGCUCUUUGUAACAAUACUGCAGAGGAAAGAAGAAUGCCAAAGAAGGGGCAGAAGAGAUGGAACACGCAACAGAAGAAGAAGAAAAGAUGGUGAUAAAAGGAGAUGGGCAAGAGGGAAGUGAGAUUGCGAGUCUAGAGGGGAGGAGAGUUAUCAGGCAACUUACAUCAGCUCAGCUCGUCCAAAGCUAUGGCGGGGUAGCAACAGUGGGGUUAUCAGAAGCUCCCAAAGCUACCGUCCGUUACGAUAAAAGGCCCGACAAACAGUUGGGGAGCCAGCGGAAAGGGUCAAUUGUAGACGGGGAAAGUCCUCGGAAGGCUGGGAGAGAAGAGAGGGAAAAUGAAUCAGAAGAAGAAGAAGCAGAAGAGAAAGAAGGCGAGAGAGAAAAGGUGAAGAGGAGCGACCAAAGAAGGAGGGGAAGAGGAGAGGACCAAGCGAGCUUUAGGUACCAAUUGACGGCGGAUAGAGGGGGAGGGGUUAGCAAGAGAGAAGUAAGGCGAUGCUGCCCUCCAUCAAGGGACCCUCUGCGCCGGUUGCAUUAGGUAGCCAUGCCAGUGCUGCUCGGUCAAUCAAG